AUGGGAAAUAACUCCUCCUCAUCAUCAUAUGCUAACGGUGGUAUUUACAUACAAACCGACUAACCAUUUUACAUAGCAGGUGAUACUGUUACAGGAAAAGUGCAUAUAAGUAUUCAAGAAUCGUUUCCUGCUAAUGUACUUUCACUAAAGAUAAAAGGAUAUGAAUCGUCUUAUUGGGAAGAAAAGAAAAAAAAAUCUAACAAAAUAGGAGGAAAAUAUCACACUCAAACCUAUUAUAAAUUUCAUACGGGUAAAAACACAUUCUUCUCUCACUAAUUCCCUCUUUAUAUUUGGUCGAACUUUUCCUAUAUGCCAGCUGGUCAAUUUACUUUCCCUUUCUAAUUCAAGUUGAUGGAUACUUUACCUGGAAGUUACUACGAAAAUGGUACAUAUAAAGGUUGUGAAUACAAAGCUGCUAUUAAAUAUAAGGUUAAAGUAGAAAUAAGCUCAUCUAAUAAUAAAAAACUUAAAAAUAAGCAAGAUUUGAUUAUCCGUGAACCUCUCAAGACAUAAGUAGCAUCACAAUACCAAGAAGAUGUAGUUAAACCAAAAACAUGGUGUUGUAUAAGUUAAGGUUAGUCAUAAAUUAAAUGCCACUUUGAAAGAAACAGCUAUAUGCCUGGAGAGACUGCUCAUAUGCUUGUUGAUAUUGAUAACUCUUAAUGCAAUUUAUAAAUUAAAAAUUUGAAAUGUUCUCUAAAUAAACGUUUGAAAUUGACUUCAAACAGUGGAAAAUCGCGUACAAUUAAAAAGGAAAUAUGUAGUCGUGAUUUCGAAGGACUUGCUGCUCACUAAACAGCUACGCAAAAUAAUAGACGUAACUGUGAAAUAAAUCUUAUAAGAAAUAAAGACAAAGUAAUUUAGCCUUCAACAACAGGUAAAUUAGUCAGUUGUGAAUAUAAUUUAAAUAUCUCAACCAAUUUUAAUGGGUGUAUUUGCUGCUCUGAUGAACCUGAAGUAACAGUACCUAUUACAAUAAUUUCUCCCCCUCCUUCUAAUUAUGGAUAAAUCUAACCUCCCCCUAAUUGGAAUCCUCAAGUAUUUGAAGUUAAGACAUUCGCUUUCUCAAGUGAUUAUAUGUAUAGUAAAAACUCACCCCCUCCACCAGGAAUGAGCAAUAACAUCAAUAUGCCUCCCCCACCUCCUAUGAAUCCAGUUCCUCCACUAAUGUAUCCUCCUAAUGAUCCUAUGCCUCCUCCAAUUAUGAAUAUGAAUGUUAAUAGGAAUGCAAACUAGAAUACAAAUAUGAACGUUUAACUAAAUCAAUAAGUAUAAUAUUAGGAUAAUAAUAUGCAAAUGGGUAUGGGUGCCCCAGGAAUGCAAAUUUAAGUAAACAAUCACUAAUACUAGCACAACUAAAAUCAACAACCUCCAAAUAUGAAUAUGCAAUUUAAUGGAGGUGCCCCCCCCAUUUUGUGA